AUGAACAUCUCUGGCGACAUGUGGAAGGUAUUCCUAAACAUCCUCGCCCUGGCAGGCGUCUGUCACUCCAUAGUGACCGACAUCCCCAGUGUCUACGGCCCCAUUCCUCAUGUCGGCGACUUCUCCGGAGUCGACUCAACCAAAUAUCUCAAGAGACGCCCCGGAGACUUUGUCCAUCCGGGUAUCUGGCACACGCACGAGGACUUGGAGCGCAUCCGGACCAACAUCAUGUCCAAGAAGGACCCCUGGGCUUCGGCCCACGAGAAAUUCAGCGCCGACGAAUACUCCCAAGCCAGCUACCAGAUGCAGGGGCCACACGCGGUUGUCUCCCGCGGCAAGAUCAGCAACUAUACCUCGUUCGCACAUGACGUUCGCGCUGCGUGGCAGAACGCGCUGAUGUGGUACAUUACCCGUAACCAGUCGCACUGGGAUCGAAGUACCACCAUUCUAGAUGCUUGGGGGAGCAACCUGACCGACAUCAUCGGGACUGAUCGCUCGCUGAUGAUCGGGCUCGACGGGGACUUGUUCGUCAACGCGGCGGAGAUCAUGCGCUGGGAGGGCAAUUGGACAGAAGCCGGGGCCAAGUGGCAGGGUGGUUCGGGGUUCAGCAACCAGCUGUACUGGCUGUUCUCGCGGCAAUCGGUCGUUAUAGGGCAGGCCAACUACGGGAUGGCCAGUAUCAAGGCGAUGCUCAGCUUUGCGGUCUAUCUAAAUGAUGUCGAACUGUACAACUAUGCGAUGAAUGCCUUUAUUCAGGAUAACUGCGCUGGUCUGUUUGCGCAGUAUCAUCCGGAGACGGGUCAAUCUGUGGAGGCUGGACGUGAUCAAAGCCACACCAUGUCCGGUAUUGGCUGGGCUGCGUACGGCGCACGCGUUGGACAGAGCCAGGGCGUCGAUCUAUACAGCCUGGGCCAUAAUCUCUUGCUCAAAGCGUCCGAGUACGCAGCCAAGUACAAUCUGAAUGAAACAGUCAAGUACGAUCCCAAGUGGUCCCGGUGCGAGGCGGUCCUAGUCAAUGGUCCCUGGGCAAAUAUCUCAGAGCAGAGGCGCGGCGUGACGAACCAGAACCCGAUUUGGGACAUUUUAUACUACCAGUACGUGGCCAAGAAAAAGGAGAAAGCUCCGUGGACUACCAAGGCCAAGGAAUUCGAAGGCUUCGAGGGUGCUGUUUCGUCAAACGAUCAUCCCAGCUGGGGUGAUUUGAUCUGGGCAUACUAG